AUGAGUUUAUCUGAAAUUCAAGUUAAUAAAAUUCUUGAAAAACAUAUGAAAGGCUUGGAACCUACUAUUUUACAUACAAAAAAACAUACACAUCAUGAAAAUAUAAGAAAUCACAUUAAACAAUAUAUUAAAGGCACUUGUUUAAGAAAUAUAUUAUACAAUCAACUUUAUCCUGUAUUUUUUACUUUAGCUUGUGGUCAUUUAGAUACUCCUCAUAAUAGAACUAAUAUUAAUAAGUUUUUCAAUGCUAGAAUCAAUGUAGUUGAUAAUGAUAUUAAACAAUGUAAAACACAAAAUGCAUCAAAGUUAGUUAUUGAAAAAGUCAAGAUAAGAAAUUAUAAUUCAUUAAUAGAUAAAAUUAUAAAGAAUUUGGAAAUUAGAAAUUUGAAGGAAAAAUCAUAUGAAGAAAAAUUAAAUGAUAUUCUUGUUUUUACAAAAAAAAUUAAUAAUUUUUGA